UCGUUGUAUAUUUAGAUUAGAUAGUAAAGCUUUUAUGCAAUUUUCGAAAAAAUCUAUAUCAUUUUUGAAAAUUAAAAUUGGAAAUUAUUGAAAAUGAGGAAGAUAUUAUCAUUAUUAAAAAGUCCUCCUGUGUUUUGGUUAAGUGUUGCAGGUACCACGAUUGGUGUGGCUUGUUUCGUAAAAGAACAUUUGCAAGGAGGAAAAUAUACAAAGAAAACUUCUGCGGAUGGCAAAGUGUUUAUAGUAACCGGAGCUAAUACUGGCAUUGGAAAAGAAACAGUUCGAGAUCUGGCCCAUAGAGGUGCAACUGUAUACAUGGCAUGUCGUGAUAUGAAGAAAUGCGAAGAGGCACGUGAUGAAAUUGUUUUAGAAACUUACAAUAAAAAUAUAUUUUGUCGUGAAUGUGACUUAUCCUCACUUGGAUCAAUAAAAAAUUUUGUCGACAAGUUUAAAAAAGAACAAGACAAAUUGGAUGUGCUUAUUAACAACGCAGGCGUUAUGCGCUGUCCACGUUCCUUAACUAAAGAUGGAUUCGAAAUGCAAUUAGGCGUCAAUCACUUAGGUCAUUUCUAUUUAACAAAUUUGUUGUUGGAUCUUUUAAAGAACUCUGCACCAAGCAGAAUUGUUGUUGUAUCAAGCCUGGCGCACGUAAGAGGAGAAAUAUGCGUUGGCGAUUUGAAUAGUGAAAAAUCAUAUGACGAAGGAAAAGCUUACAGUCAGAGUAAAUUGGCAAAUAUUUUGUUUACAAGAGAACUUUCAAAGAAAUUAGAAGGAACUGGAGUUACAGUAAAUGCUUUGCAUCCAGGUGUAGUAGACACAGAACUUUUUAGACAUAUGGGAUUUUUCAAUAAUUUUUUUGCAAGGUUAAUCGUGAAGCCUCUGUUUUGGCCUUUUAUAAAAAAUGCCAGAAACGGUGCUCAAACAACUCUUUAUGCUGCAUUAGAUCCUGAAUUGGAAAAAGUAACAGGCAAAUAUUUUAGUGAUUGCAAUUUAAAAAAUGUUGCACCAGCUGCAGAAGAUGAAGCUGUAGGGAAGUGGCUGUGGUCAGUAAGCGAAAAAUGGACGAAAUUAAGUCAUAAUUGAUAUAGGUUGUUAAGCAGCAUAUAUUCCAACUCAAAAUAUAAAAUAAAAAAAAAAUUUAAAUGAUCUAUAUUGAGAAGAUAUUUUUUAAAAUUUUAUUUUAAUAAACAACUG